CAUUUCCCCAUUCUUUUCUUGUUUUACGGAGUUUCUCCUUUUUUUCUCGAAAUAAAAUGCGUUUAGGACAGACACUGGAGAGAGAGAGAGAGAGAAGGAGCAUCUGCUAGACAUGGAAGAGUCUUUCGGUCUGUGUACGUGUGUGGUCUUCAACAUUAAAUGAUUGAACAACAGUGAGAGCUUUUGUUAAGAGCCCUUGAUAACAGAUUCAUAGAUAGACAGAGAGAUAGAUCCGUUCUGUUCGCCAGAACAAAACGACUGAGCUUAGAGGGAGAAAGAGAGACAGAGUACUUAGAGAGAGAGAGAGAGAGAGAGAGAGAGAGAGAGAGAGAGAGAGGAGAAGAAGAAGAAGAAGCAAAAUAGGGUCGUCUCGUCUCGCUUCAACCCCAGUAGAUCCACUGCGACAGUUGUUUCCCUCUCUUCAUCUUCUCCGGAUUGUAGCUGUCACCUCCUUCUGAUAUUUACCCUCUUGGAUCUUUCUGUGCCUCUGUGGGUGUGUGUGGGCUGUCUCAAAUUCUCUCUCACCCAGAAGCUUCACUCUCUCUCAAGAUGUUCAAGAACCACAGAAACAGCUCAAGUACAUGCCUGCUGGUUUCUUUGUUGAAUCGGAUUGCUUUUUUGAUAAUUCAGCUGGGCUAGGUUUGAAGGAGGAGGAGAGCAGGACGGAGGAAAGAUAUCGACCGGGAAAAGAUUGCCUGCCGAACAGAGAGAGAAAGAGAGAGAGAGGGGAAGCUGGUGUUAGAUAGAGAGAUAUGGCAUCAACAUCGUCGACGCAGUUCUUUGGCCUCGGAGAUGAGAGCCAAAACCAGAUGAUGCUUCAGCAGCAGUCCUCCACGACAACCUCUUCGACCGGCCCGAUGCCGCCGCCACCCAAGAAGAAGAGGAACCAGCCUGGAACUCCAAAUCCAGACGCAGAAGUGAUAGCACUAUCUCCCAAGACCCUAAUGGCAACAAACAGGUUCAUUUGUGAGGUAUGCAACAAAGGGUUCCAAAGGGAGCAAAACCUACAGCUCCACAGAAGAGGACACAACCUGCCUUGGAAGCUGAAGCAGAAGACCACAAAGGACGUGAAGCGCAAGGUCUACCUCUGCCCCGAGCCCACCUGCGUCCACCACGACCCGUCCCGGGCCCUCGGCGACCUCACCGGCAUCAAGAAGCACUACUCACGCAAGCAUGGCGAGAAGAAGUGGAAGUGCGAGAAGUGCUCCAAGCGCUAUGCUGUCCAGUCUGAUUGGAAGGCUCACUCCAAGAUCUGCGGCACUCGGGAAUACCGGUGCGAUUGCGGCACCCUCUUCUCUAGGCGCGACAGUUUCAUCACCCACAGGGCCUUUUGCGACGCUCUAGCUCAAGAAAGCGCGAGGCACCCAUCAAGCUUGAACACUUUGGGGAACAACCUCUAUGGCAACAACAUCGGUUUGGGCCUCUCUCACCAGGUUGGCUCCCAAUUGCCCAUCCUCCAAACACAUAACCACCCACCAAGCAACAUGCUCCGGCUUGGCGGCGCCUCCAACUCCUCUAACUUCUCGCAGCCGCCCCACCCAAUGCCUCCUCCUCCCGCCACGUUUUUCAAGCCUGAAGCUGCCGACUCCCUGCACGAUCUCCCAAGCCACAAUCCCCUCUCCGGGUUGAUGCAGCUGCCAAACCUUCAAGGUAACUCUAGCGCCUCCCAAUCGAACCUCUUCAACCUCAGCUUCUUCGGCAACAAUGCCGCCGCUGCCAGCGACAAUGCCACCACUGCCACAGCCGCCGCUGCCAACUUUCCAUCUCAAGGCUUCUUGGGCCAGUUCAAUGGCGGGAACAAUGGCAGCAACCAACCGUCUGGUCUUUUCUCAGAUGACCGGGUCGGAUCAGGGUUUUCUUCUUUAUUCAAUGCCUCAGCGCAGAAUGAGAGCGUGGUGGCUCACAUGUCCGCAACUGCGCUACUUCAAAAGGCAGCUCAAAUGGGGUCCAUAACAAGCGGCAACAGCUCCUCCUUGUUGGGCGGAUUGGGAAGCUCAUCAGGCGGCGGCGGCAGUGCUGUCAACCGGCAAAUGGGGUCCGUCAACUUCAGUGGAGGCAGUGGCAGUUUUCCUGACAGUGGCGGGAAGCUGCCACCACAGAUGGAAAGCGAGAGCCAUCUCCGGGGUUUGAUCAGUUCUUUCGCCGGUGGAAGCUCUUCAAUAUUCGGAGGUGGCGGCGGUCAUGAGCAUGAGAACAGCUUCAGCGGUUUCAAUGAAAGCAAUAUGUCGUUGGAUCAUCAUCAUCACCAUCAGGACCAAAGUAGUGCGAGCUUCUGCAAUGUGAACGACGCCAAGUUGCACCAGAAUCUCACGACGAGCAUGGGAGGGUCCGAUAAAUUAACUUUGGACUUCCUGGGUGUGGGAGGGAUGAUGAGGAAAAGAACGGACGGUGGUUUCGCGCAUAGAGAGCAGCAGCAGCAACAACAUGGGACGAUCAACAUGAGCUCACUAGACAGAGACAGGAAGUCAGAGCAGGGAAGUCAACCAUUUGGGAGUUCGAAAAUGCAUUGAAGGAAUUGACAGUUGACCGAGAACGUGAGGAGGGAAAAAGAGGUCAGUCCAUCAGCUGGUAGGUUUUAUAAAGGAUAAAUAUGUGCGGCCAAAACAAAAUUGUAAGAAGAACAAACGCAUGUCAAAGUAGGGUUUGUCUUCAUUAGGGCUUUUUCUUUUUUUUUUUUUCCCCGUAUCUUCAGGGAGAAUGCACUAUCCCACUCUCCCACCUUCAUAUUUUUUCUCUUCGAACGAUUCAGUUUGUAAUGUUGGCUACAAUUGAAUGUGUACUUGCUUAGUUAGAGCAACAAGCUUGCACA